AUGACGCGAGCCGACGACGAUUCCUCGACGCGAUGUGAUCCGUCGACGUCCGCGAUCGAGCUCCCGCGUGAGUUUCGGUUCUCGGCGACCGGAGAUGGGUCGAACGAGCCGGCGCACGAGUGCGCGCGCGAGCGUUCGGGGCGGAGCGCAAAGCCGAGAGGGUUUGCGUUCUUCGAGGAGCUCGGGUCGCCGAGGUAUCACGUGGCGCCCAUGGUAGAUCAGAGCGAACUUGCGUUCAGGGAGCUGUGUAAGCGAUACGGUGCGACGCUGGGGUACACGCCGAUGAUACACGCGCGGUUGUUCGUGGAGAGUCCAAAGUAUCGACAAGAGAUUUUUAGCACGUCGACGCGCGAUAGGCCGCUCUUGGCGCAGUUCUGCGCGAAUGAUCCGGAGAUGUUGCUCAAGGCGGCGACGUUGAUCGCGCCGUACUGCGAUGGGGUGGAUAUAAACUUUGGGUGCCCGCAGAGGAUUGCGAAGAGAGGUAAUUAUGGGGCGUUUUUGAUGGACGAUUGGAAGACGGUGGACGCGUUGAUCAGGAAAUUGGACGAGGAGCUACCCGUUCCGGUCACGGCGAAAAUUCGCGUCUUCGAUGAUUUGGAGACAACAUUAAAGUAUGCAAAGAUGGUCGAGGCUGCGGGGGCGCAACUUGUCGCCGUGCACGGGCGCACACGAGAGCAGAAGCGGUGCGCAGAAAUUCGAGCAAACUGGACGUACAUUAAAGCAAUCAAGGAUGCACUCAAGGUUCCAGUCCUCGCUAAUGGUGAUAUUCGCUCCCUCGCGGAAGCAAAGGCGUGUCUUGAGGCCACCGGCGCGGAUGGCGUUCUGAGCGCCGAACCGCUCUUGAGCAACCCCGCGUUGUUCAGUGAUCCGCCGUUUUACGAACCGCCCAGUGACGGUCACGCGCCGAUUCCAAUGGACGGUGUCGCCGCGGUCGAAUUGAUGAUCGAGUACUUCGAGAUAUGUAAGUCGUACACGACGCCGUUCGGAUACGUGCGCGGGCACGUGUGGAAGCUCGUCGGUCACUGGAUGAGCGAUCUCACGCAUUUGCGAGACGAAUUUGUUCAGUUCAAGGGCGAUCCCUCGCUCGACGAUCUCAUUGCAUGGGGACAGAAAAUGCGAGCGGAGAUCAAAGAAAUCGAGCGCACGACUGGCAGACGACGCCCGAUUCCGAAGAAGUCCGAACGCGCGUUACAGAGGGAAGCCGAGCAAGCCGCAAAGCAAGCCGCAAUCGAGGAAAGCAAGCGCGAAGAGGACGCGCUUAGAGAAAUCAACGCCGAAAUCGCCGAAAGCGACGACGGGGCGCACGCCAAGCGACCAAAACUCGCCCAGGACGAGGUCACGGCGUGA